CCGCGGCGGCUCGCGAGCUCGGAUGUAUGUGCAGGAGGAGUGACACGUGCUGAAGAGAGGGGAAAAAAAAAAAUACAAAAAUACAAAAAAAAGAAAGAAAAGAAAAAACGGUCACAUCCGGGAGGUUUAUUUAAUUUUUUUUCUUUUUGUACAUAUUUUCUUUUUUUUUUUUAAAGUGGAGUUCUCAUUUUUAUACUUGAAGAAAUAAGUCCUGCAAACAUGGGGAGAGGAGAGGGACGAGAGCAGUAUGAGCUGGCUGCGACCUCGGAGCAAGGCGGCAAGAAGAAGGGGAAGGGGAAGAAGAAAGACAAGGAUAUGGACGAACUCAAGAAGGAAGUGGACAUGGACGACCACAAGCUGACCCUGGACGAGCUCAAUCGUAAAUACUCAACCGACCUCACCAAUGGUCUGACCAGUGCGAAGGCUGCUGAGAAUUUGGCACGUGACGGGCCCAACGCCCUCACUCCUCCCCCCACCACCCCUGAGUGGGUCAAGUUCUGCAAACAGAUGUUUGGAGGCUUCUCCAUGCUCCUGUGGACCGGCGCCAUCCUCUGCUUCCUGGCCUACGGUAUUCAGGCUGCGAUGGAGGACGAGCCUGCAAACGAUAAUCUGUACCUGGGCGUUGUGCUUUCUGCUGUCGUCAUCAUCACUGGCUGCUUCUCCUACUACCAAGAGGCCAAGAGCUCCAAGAUCAUGGACUCCUUCAAGAACCUCGUCCCGCAGCAAGCCCUGGUGGUCCGUGACGGCGAGAAGAAGAGCAUCAAUGCCGAGGACGUGGUGGUUGGAGAUUUGGUGGAGGUGAAAGGAGGUGACAGGAUCCCCGCCGAUCUGAGAAUCAUCUCCGCACAUGGCUGUAAGGUGGACAACUCCUCUCUGACUGGAGAAUCCGAGCCUCAGACUCGUACCCCCGAUUUCUCCAACGAGAACCCUCUGGAGACCAGGAACAUCGCGUUCUUCUCCACCAACUGCGUCGAAGGGACUGCCCGUGGCAUCGUGAUCAGCACCGGAGACCGGACUGUCAUGGGCCGCAUCGCCACACUGGCCUCGGGGCUGGAGGUUGGCCGUACGCCCAUCUCCAUCGAGAUCGAGCACUUCAUCCACAUCAUCACCGGAGUGGCCGUCUUCCUCGGCGUGUCCUUCUUCAUCCUCUCCCUCAUCCUGGGGUACACCUGGCUGGAGGCCGUCAUCUUCCUCAUCGGUAUCAUUGUCGCCAACGUGCCCGAAGGUCUCCUGGCUACCGUCACUGUGUGUCUGACCCUGACCGCUAAGCGUAUGGCCAAGAAGAACUGCCUGGUGAAGAACCUGGAGGCCGUGGAGACCCUUGGCUCCACCUCCACCAUCUGCUCCGACAAGACCGGCACCCUGACCCAGAACAGGAUGACCGUGGCCCACAUGUGGUUCGACAACCAGAUCCACGAGGCCGACACCACCGAGAACCAGAGCGGGACCUCCUUCGACAGGAGCUCAGCCACAUGGGCCGCCCUGGCCAGGAUCGCUGGACUCUGCAACCGUGCCGUCUUCUUGGCCGAGCAAAGCAACGUCCCCAUUCUGAAGAGAGACGUGGCCGGCGACGCUUCCGAAUCGGCUCUCCUGAAAUGUAUCGAGCUGUGCUGUGGCUCAGUCCAGGAAAUGAGAGAGAAAAACUCUAAAAUCGCAGAGAUCCCGUUCAACUCCACCAACAAGUACCAGCUUUCCAUCCACAAGAACGGCACACCUGAAGGAGAGUCCAAGCACCUGCUGGUGAUGAAAGGAGCCCCGGAAAGGAUUCUGGACCGCUGCUCCUCCAUCAUGAUGCAGGGCAAAGAGCAGCCGCUGGACGACGAAAUGAAAGACGCUUUCCAGAACGCCUACCUGGAACUGGGAGGUCUGGGAGAGAGAGUGCUGGGUUUCUGCCAUUUCAACCUGCCCGACGACCAGUUCCCGGACGACUUCGCCUUCGACACCGACGAGGUGAACUUCCCCACCGAGAACCUGUGCUUCAUCGGCCUCAUGUCCAUGAUCGAUCCCCCCCGUGCCGCCGUGCCCGACGCUGUGGGGAAAUGCAGGAGCGCUGGAAUCAAGGUAAUCAUGGUCACAGGCGAUCAUCCAAUCACAGCUAAGGCCAUCGCAAAGGGUGUGGGGAUCAUCUCCGAAGGCAACGAGACUGUUGAGGACAUCGCUGCACGUCUGAACAUCCCAAUCAAUGAAGUCAAUCCGAGGGAUGCAAAGGCCUGCGUGGUGCACGGUGGCGACCUGAAGGACCUGACCUCAGAGCAGCUGGACGACAUCCUGAAGUACCACACUGAGAUCGUGUUCGCCCGAACAUCCCCGCAGCAGAAGCUCAUCAUCGUGGAGGGCUGCCAGAGACAGGGAGCUAUCGUGGCUGUGACUGGCGACGGUGUGAACGACUCCCCGGCUUUAAAGAAGGCCGACAUCGGCGUCGCUAUGGGUAUCGCCGGAUCCGACGUCUCCAAGCAGGCUGCCGACAUGAUCCUGCUGGACGACAACUUCGCCUCCAUUGUUACCGGAGUGGAAGAAGGCCGUCUGAUCUUCGACAACCUUAAGAAGUCCAUCGCCUACACCCUGACCAGUAACAUCCCCGAGAUCACGCCCUUCCUGCUCUUCAUCAUCGCCAACAUCCCCCUUCCCCUGGGAACUGUCACCAUCCUCUGUAUUGACCUGGGAACCGACAUGGUCCCCGCCAUCUCCCUGGCUUACGAAGCGGCCGAGAGCGACAUCAUGAAGAGGCAGCCCCGAAACCCCAAGACGGACAAGCUGGUGAACGAGAGGCUCAUCAGCAUCGCCUACGGACAGAUCGGUAUGAUCCAGGCUCUGGCUGGCUUCUUCACCUACUUCGUGAUCUUGGCGGAGAACGGCUUCCUCCCCGCCAGGCUGGUCGGCAUCCGGGUGAACUGGGACAACAAGUACAUCAACGACCUGGAGGACAGCUACGGACAGCAGUGGACCUACGAGCAGAGGAAGAUCGUGGAGUUCACCUGCCACACCGCCUUCUUCGUCAGCAUCGUCAUCGUGCAGUGGGCCGAUCUGAUCAUUUGCAAGACCAGGAGGAACUCCGUCUUCCAGCAAGGCAUGAAGAAUAAGAUCCUGAUCUUCGGGCUGUUCGAGGAGACUGCCCUGGCCGCCUUCCUCUCCUACUGCCCCGGCAUGGACGUGGCUCUCAGGAUGUAUCCUCUCAAGCCCAACUGGUGGUUCUGCGCCUUCCCGUACUCCCUGCUCAUCUUCAUCUAUGACGAAAUCCGUAAGCUGAUCCUCAGACGCAGCCCAGGAGGCUGGGUGGAACGGGAGACCUACUAUUAAAUCCAGUCAGCAUCUCUUCCUCAUCCUCCUCCUCCUCACGUCUUUGCAUGAAUAUUGUCUUGCUGCUCGGAAUAAAGAAAACGAAAAUUUUAACCUCUGUGGAAAAGAAGAAAAAAACAAAAUUGUGUUUUUAUAUUAGGGAAUGCUUGAUUACUACUAUUAGACAAAUACUGAGAUGAACGUGAUGAAAUGAUAAUGCUAAUAAUGACAUGAACAUUGACAUGACUACGCGUGCCUUGUUUCUGAAACAGGACCAAUUUUCUACGUGUUUUUAACAGUUAUGAACGUUCAAUAAAAAUGCGCUCGAGUCAGGUCCCAAA